AUGUCAACGAGAAGUAUCACAGCCAAGUUGUCCUCGUCAAAUGAACAAGCGUCAAUAAAGGAGGUGUGCGACCAGCGACCAUUAUUGGGUGGAGGUGUCCUGUUUGCCCUACUUGACGCGGGCGUGCGUGGCAGCAUAUGCUCCAAACCCCUCCGCGUGUCUGCAGGCGUAAAAUGCCUAACUGAUCAGAACACAUUCUCGCUGUGCGACUUUGCCCCAACAAUAUUUGUACCAAAUUACGUCCAACGGUUUGAAGAGCAGGCCAGAUUCAUUCCGACCAUUUCCAAAUGCUUGGAGACUUUCCUCGGAUUUUCGGAGCCUGGUGAUCCACAACAGCAGUUCGAAGGAUCCGUUGACUUGGGGUCUGGCCCUCACAGGGGAGAAAAUUCUGCAGGGACCCUGCAGAAGGAUCUCUGGUUCAGUCUCAUGAAGGGCCUGCGAUAUCACGAACCUGCUCGAAGACUCCGACCUCUGCAGCUUCCAAGCAAUAAAUCACCUGAAUCGAUGCUAGAUUGGGAUCAUCUUCUAAAUAUACCAUGGCACGCCGAGGUGGAAGCGAGAGAUAGAUGGAAUCCCGAGCCAGAUUCGGACGAACAAGCCAUCAACCAAGACGACGAUGUCGAUUUGUUCCUCGAAUGUGGGUUUCGGGCGAAUAUAUGUGGGAGCUACGUCGACCCGGUGACAGCAGAAGGUAUCAAUGGCGGUCGCAGUGGUGCACCAAAUGCGUUGCAUGAUGUGGAACUCACAGGCGGUGGGCAGGGCCACGACGAAACAUACGACUGCCCGAUUGAACCCAACAGGGCUGCCCGUAGGCUACCUAGCCAAAACAGAAAGUACUCGGCCAGCCUGUCAGGGAUAAGUGAUGUGUCAAUGCUCCUGGACUGCGAAGGACCUAUAGACGGAAGGCGCAUAAUCAGGCAGUCAGGGGCCAUUGGUGGACCAAGCUGGCUUACUCAGAAUGUCAUCCGCAUGCAUCCGCUGAGGCAGCAACGCCAUGGCAUUCAUCAAGUGGACCACGAAAACAGCCCAUCCAGAAGGGACAGCUUAUAUGAGACGCCUGGCCUCGGCUGGUGGUCAGAUACGAGCGAUGCAAGCGAAAUGCUUCUCGAAGACCGUCGUGACUACUAUACAAACCCACAUCUAGCCGACUUCUGCUCAUCACCUCUUCUCUUCAGCCAGGAAGGUUGUUUACACGAUUAUCUCGACCUACCAUACGACGGAAGCCAGGAGGAUCUUGUUGGUGGCAGGACGACCCCCAUGUCAACAAGCCAGUCCAGCGAACAAUCGAACAUCUCUCUAGCGGAGGUCCUUGGCAACGACCAUUUAUUGUGGCAUAUGUGGAAAAGGCGUGCAAGCGUGGCCCCUCGAGGGGAGGAAGACAUUGUGGACAUGAAAACACUGUAUGCCACGGAUCCAGACAUGAAGUUGUUCAGUGCAAGAUGGGACCUUGACCCUAGCGACAUCUGUUCUGGGAGCAACGAAGACCCCAUGCUACACGAUGCGUUGGAAGGCCGAUCAUCGCCUCGAGACAAAGCUCACUCACCAAUGACACCCAAUUCGGAAAGGCGAUCGUACUUCACUCCAACACGGUCCUCGUCAUCUUCAACCUAUGUUGGGCGAUCAAGUGCCGACCCCAAGCGACGGUCAAGUCUGAUCAAGCGGUUUACUUGGGGAGGGCGGCAGACCAACGCCGACACAAGUACUCUGGAUGUCGGCAAGUUGGAGCAAAGGACAAUGGAAGUCAAAAGACGGAAAACUAUGGACGACUAUGACAUGAUGGACAGAGAGGCCAGCAACGAUGACUCUAGCGACAUGCUGUUUUGA